AUGGCACAACCCUCUCAGACCUUUCAGGCCUCAAACUCAUUUGAGAAGCUGCAGUCAUACUCGUUCCAUACGGAUCCUGAGUUUGCAAAUGGCCUCGCUAUUAUCCUCGGCCAUCCUGGCACCCCCGCCACUCAGGAGGAGAUGAAUCGCGAGGAUGAUCUCGUGUUACAAGCCAAGUGCUUUUUCUUCUCGCGGAAAGAAAAUCUCAACCCGCCAAUUGAUUUCGCCGCCUAUAAAUCCUGGUCCCUAUCACGAUCCGCAGGGGAGCCGAAAGCUACGGCAGUCUCGUCGCUAAAGCCAGACGAAUCAGAAUCGUCAUCAGAAGCAAAUGUCAGCGGAAUUGAACCACCAAUACUCCCGGAGCCCGCUUACCCGUCCUCGUUCGCUCACAUCGUGGAGCUCAUCACGACCGGGCAGCCCAUCCCGGGGAUUGAACAGAUACCCGACACGGUUUUGACCGGACACGACACCGCGAGUGAGAAGCCUCGGCGACGGAAGCCAUGGGAGCGGGAUGACGCAGAGCUUUCACCCGGUGAAACUACCAACCAGGCUGCCUGA